CAACCAAGAGAACACAUCGCUUGUGCUAAGCGCAAGAACCCAAACAAAGUGGGAGCUAAAGCUGCAGAGAAAGCGGUGUCAGGGCGUAGGAUAACAUGGGUGCCCCAGGUCAAGGCGUUAUUCUGAAACCAGAUCCACCCGUUGUGGGGAAAGUGACUCAUCAUAGCAUAGAGCUGUACUGGGACAUUCACCAAGCUCUCCAGCGCAAAGGUCCGUCCAGCCAAUGGCUCAAGUUCUCCAUUGAAGAAGAAGAUGUGAAAACUCGUGCUUACGGCACUAUUUAUUCGGGCUAUUCCCGUCAGCACGUUGUUGAAGGCCUGGAGCCCAGUACCCAGUACCGCUUUAGGCUGAAGGUUACGGGUUGUAAUGGUGAAUAUGAAUACAGCCCUAUAGUUGCAGUAUCAACCACAAGAGAGCCAAUGAGUGGAGAACAUCUUCACCGAGCGGUAACCAUGAAUGAUGAACCCAAAGUCACCAGCAUACUUCAAACGGGGCAUGUCAAGGCGGACACCCCAGACAAAUUCGGUUUAAGUCCCCUAAUGGUAGCUGCACAGAAAGGAUACCUAAGACUUGUCGAGAUACUGAUAGAUCAUGGAGCAGAUGUAAAACAGCAGGAUGGAAGCGGGAAGAACUGUCUCAUGUUGGCGUGUUUCUCUGGGCACCUGGAUGUUGUACAGUACCUACGAAAACAAGGCGCGUCUUGGGAAAGCAGAGAUAAAGGAGGGUGCACGGCCAUGCACUGGGCAGCCGACGGAGGUCAUUUGAAAGUAAUUCAGUGGAUGAUUACUGAUGGCUGUGAGGUUGAUGUCAAAGAUAAUUGUUCGGAAUGGACUCCGCUGAUGAGAGUUUCCGCCAUCACCGGAGACCCCGAUGUUGCGCAAUGCUUAAUAAAAGCUGGGGCAAACGUCAACGCAAAGGAUAGCGAUGGGAAGACACCUUUGAUGAUUGCAACAUUAAAUAGUCAUGAACGCUUGGUCCGCUUACUAACAGAAAAAGGAGCAGAUUGCAGCAUCAAAAAUCAGUAUGGAAUAAGCAUAAUGGACAUGGCCAAAGCUUUCAAUCGACAGAAUGUAGUGUCUAUUUUAGAGGAAAUGAAGAACAAGCAUUCGUAGGAGUCUUCCGUGGAUCUGUCUCCAUGUUUGGACCACAGUGCAAGCCGCGUCCCUGCGCUCUCUUUUCCAUACAUUAUGUCUUCAUUGUUUUACUGAGUAGAAUCAGUAGAUAUACUCUUAAACAUAUCUCAGUCAUAACAGGCUACUGUUACAUAUUUAAACCUUCAACCUUUUUUAAGUGCCCAUAUUUAUUGAUCCAGAAUCCGAGGACAAAUAUACUUCAGUUUGCCUUGAAGAGAAAAAACUCUUGACAUCAAAGUCAAAUAGAGAUUUUUUUUCCAUGAUCAUUUUCUAGUUAGAAUCG